AAAUUUGAAUUUUAAUUUCAGGAUUGACUCGAUCGUGUGAUACUGUGCUAAUUGCAGAAAUGUCCGUCUUGAGAUUUCAGCCAUCUAUUUUAUGUAGCGGUCUUUCACAAUCUGGUGUCUUAUGUCGCUACGACAACUGUUCUCGAAGUUAUUUUAAUAAAGACUAUGAAAGGAACAACGACAGCAAUCACAGCAAUAUAAAAAAAAGAAAGGAAUUCAUUUAUAAAUUCUAUGUACCAUCAGAUAUCGGUGCUGCUACUGCUCUUAUUUCAAUAUUGGAAGCCUGUAAAGAAUGUCCUGAUAUUGUGUUUCAAAUUCAAUCAAACGCUUUUCCGAAAUCAAUUUAUGAAAGCCAAGACAAAGUUGAUCAACAUAAUUUCAUUCAAAGCGUUCAUGUAAUAAAACCAAACCAAACUGCAAACAUUUCAUUCGAGUUCCACGUUCAAGAGGAAGCUUGGCAUUAUAUACAUGUAAAUUUUUUCAAAGAAAAAAAAAAAAUAUCAGAAAGAUGGAAAACAAAGUUGACUAAGCCAUUCGCUCCUCAAAACGAAGAAGUUUUAAAUUAUUCUAUAAUGAAUUCAACUCAAAGUGGAUGUCACCAAGUACAAUACGGUUUGGUAAUAAAUUUUCAAACAUCUUUUGACACUUCGCAUAAAGAACCGGAAAAGGCAAUAAUCAAUCCAACUUUUACCACGAAGAUUGUAAGCGCUGAAAUUUUUGACGAAAAUAUUACCAUAGAUUUUCUAAACCAUGAUCCCAAAGAAUGGCUACCAAAACGAUUUCGAGGUAUAGACUUUUAUCCACUCUUACGUCAAACAUAUCGAGAGUUUUUUAUGUUUGAUUAUGACCUUAUGCCUGACAAAAAUGGCACAGUUCCAUUUGUUCUUAAUUUAACCGCCGGUAUACCUGCUGGCUUUGCUUUUGAGGUUCGUGGUGUACAUGACACAGGCGGGACUUUAUCUUUCGCUGUAUCAAUGAAAAAAGAAUUAGAUAGCGAAUCAAUUGCAUUGAAAAAAUUGUUUUCUACCAGUACUGAGAAGGAUGCUAUUGUAAAAGGAAACGAAAAAAUGUUCGGAGUAGGAUCUUUGUCCAAAAGCAAUAAAACAAUAUUAGUUUGUAUGCACUUAUCAGAACCAGGAAUUCCAAUUUGGCCAGAUAAAUGCCAGUACGGCCAACAAGUUUUUCCAGCCGCAAGUAUUGUAAAUAAUACUGAUUUCAGCACAACUACAGGCGUUGUUCACGUUCCAUUUCCAGAAAGAGGAAGAUGGUACAUUAGCAUGGCCUUAUAUUGCCACGUAAAUAAAUCGGCACCUCACUUAACGCUAAUAGAUAGAGUAAAAGACUUUAUAAAAACUAAUAUACAUACUUUGGACAAGAUAAAUCAAACGUGCCCUUGCUUUCCAGAAUUGAGGCGAUACGUUAGAUGUAUUGCAAAUAUUGAAUGUUUAAAUUCAAUGACUAAGGCAGAGACGUUUAAAGUAAAAGAUUGCUUAGUGGAUCCUAAAUGUACUCCUAAUUAUCUCGAUAUGAUCCUCGAUUUUGAAGUGCAUCAAAAACUUACCAAUAAUCAACACUUUGCGUUGGAAAACUGCAACACUUCAGUUGUAUUUACGAUCUCAUCGAAUCCCUGUGUUGUUGGCCGUUGUGGACGAUAUGGUCGUUGCUACCAUUACAUGUCAGGAGGAUUCGUAUUUUCUACUUGUGUGUGCUUUAAAGGCUAUCGAGGUUGGGAUUGUUCUGAGGAUAGUGAAGUGCCUUCAAAUGUUUCUGUCCUUGCGGCAUCUCUUUUACUUUCCCUUAGUAACCUAAUUUUUGUACCCAGCAUUUACAUUGCAAUUCGACGUUACUACUACACCGAAGCAACUAUUUAUUUUUUCGCUAUGUUUUUUUCUAUAUUUUAUCAUGUUUGUGAUUCAGGAGAGGAUGAGUACAGUUUUUGUUUAGUAAAAAUAGGAGUACUGCAGUUUAGUGAUUUUUAUUGUGGUCUUCUAGCCAUUUGGGUUACUUUAAUCGCAAUGGCACACAUUCGUCAACAAUUCGUCUCAAUUCUACAUAUGCUUGGUGCAGUUCUUUUAGCUUUUGGUACUGAACUCAAUAAACAGAGUCUUUGGGUAUUUUUAGUCCCUGCGCUUACAGGUAUAUGUCUCAUUUCUACCAGUUGGGGUAUACGUUGUUACAAAAUGCGAAAAUGGUAUCCAUCACCAAAGUUCCUUAUAAUUUAUAUGCCCUUAGGCGUGGUACUCGUAAUGGUAGGUCUAAUCUGCUUUGCUUUCUUGCAAACGAAAAAAAACUACCACAUCGUUCAUUCAAUUUGGCAUAUGGUAAUGGCUCUAAGUAUUCUUUGCCUGCUCCCUUCACGAAAGUACUUCAUACCAAAGUGCUAGCACUCAUCACUGUUAACAAAUCUUCUCCUCCAACAGAAACAGAAAUAGUGUUUAAAACUAUAUAACAAAAUAAAAAUUUGGCAACAUUUAAAUAUACAUAUGUAUGUACAUACGAGGUGUGUUCAAAGAAAAAGGGGAAUUAUGAAUAUUUUGAAAAGUACUUAAUCUCCUUUUAGAUAUAAUACACUUGUGCCAAUGCUUUUAUCAAUCCUCGAAGCAUUUCUGAAAUGCGCUUUCUUCGAUUCUGACUUGAUCUCACCAACUGUGGCAAAACGCUUUCCUUUUAUUAACACGCUUAUAUUAGUUUCACUUGUAUGUCUGUUUGUAACUCAAAAACUAAACUCAACACGAUUACAAAGUAUGCGCAAAAUGUUUGCAUACUUUUUAACACUCUUUUAUUAGCUUCAUUUCUAUGUGUGUCUGUCUGUUUGUAAUCAAACUAAACCCAACACGACUACAAAGUAUGCGCAAAAUAUUUGCAUACUUUUAGGCAUAUUUUGACAUCUCAAAGGGAACAAAUCAACUGAACGGACAACAAAAAUUAUAAUAUUUAGGAUAAAAUUUUUUAAUGGCAGAUCAAAAUAUGGAAUUUAAUAAAAAAUAAAAAAGAAUUGAAUAAAUGAGAAGUUAGUAUUGCUUAAAAUAUUUUUAUUAUCUUACAAGAGACUUAGACUAUUCAGGAAUUUUUAUUAUUGAAACUAUAGUUUUAUGGUAACUGAAAUAAGAUGCAUAAGUUUGAGACUUGACAUCCUCUAAAUAUCUGGAAAAUACCGCGUGAAUGGUGUUUCCAUAUUUUGUAGUGGAUUCUUGUGGAUCAAUAUUCAUUUUCAAAUUCAAUCUUUCCGAAAGAAAACUUGUCAACCGCUCUGACUUUUUAUCAGCGAAGUUGAUGUUGAAAACGCCACCGAAGAUGAGUGGAAAUUUGUUACCACUGAUAAUCCGAUUGAAAUACCUAUUUGGUCGCCAAUAAUAUAAUAUCGAUUCACAAAUCAUCAAGCACAAGUUCAUACAACUGUGUCUAAAAUGAUUAAUUGAAAAAUUUCAUUUAUAUUUUUAGCAAGACACAAUUAUAAGAUGAUAGAAUUCUGGUAAAAAGAGCCGAGAAAAUAUGAAAUAGAAUCGAGUUCAUAACGAUGAGUCAUACCAUAUAUUGGUCAUACAUUACAUACUGUGAUACUUCGUCCGAAAAUGUACAUAGUGUAGAUAGCUACAGCUACUAUUUAUUAAAAAAUAAUAAAAUAUAAAUAAAUAUAGUUUAAAAAAACUAAAAAAAAAACGCUUUUAAAGAAUAUCGAACUAAAAAGU